UUGAGCAACCGGGUACACCAUGUGGUAUGCAAGUAGCAUGCAAGGAGUAAGAUUUGGCGUGGCCUGCCAUCCGAUAAAUCCUUCAAGGUACUGCCUACCAAGGAUUGUUAGAGAUAUAUAUACAUGCAUAAAAGAUCCCACCAUUUGCGUGUGCAAUUGGAAGUGCAAAGACAGUUCUUUUCAGCUGGCAUUUCUCUCGUUGACUUCUCUUUAACAAAGGCCAUGGAUUCCGCAGGCACAGAAGCAGCACCAGCGGAUACGACCGCGGCUUUGCCAGAUUAUCUCCUCGAUCCCAAUGCAGUAAUGAAAGAUCUUGAUGCUAAAUGGAGAUAUAAUCAGCCGCCAGACUACACAAACACAAGAAAAUUAUGGGCACAAAGUAUGUAACAAUCACAGCCAAAUCCGCAUCCCGAAAACGUCGCUUAAUCUAUCAAAUGAAAAGAGAAAAUCCUUUAACCUCAUCUGACAGCCAAAACCCAAAACCACACGGCUGCAUCCCUGCCCUCUCUCGUCGAAAACCUCGUCAAGAAUUGGGAAGUAGAAGCCUCCUUCAAAAUUGACAUUUCCGAGUGGCGCACCAUCGACCAUCCAAAUUUCAACUUCUCCAUCAAUGGGUCUGCCCCCGUUACAGGCGAAUACAUGUUGAAAGUGGGCACUUACAAUGCUAUUCUCACAGCCAAUGAAUACUAUUCCCCCGAGAGAUCGGACUUUUCAAGUAGUCACAAGACGUUUAAGAGGAUGAUGCCGACUUUUGCAUGGGAGGUAUUGGAAGUAUAUAGUGGACCGCCAACUGUUAGUUUUAAAUGGAGACAUUGGGGUGUUAUGAAAAAUGAUUAUGUAGGCAUUAAUGAGUAUGUUCCCUUCCCUCCCGUCCUCCUUUCUUCCUCAUAGCCUCAAACUAACGGCUUUUAGCAAAGGUGAAAAGGUGACCAUACCCGCACACGGCGGAGCAAUCGAUAUUCAAGGCAUCGCAAUAGCCAAAGUCGAUUCAGCGGUGCGUCUUCAAGCUGUAGAGAUCUUCUACGAUCCACUCGAAAUGUUCCGACAGAUUGCAAAGAAAAGCGAUGUAAAGAAAACGAAAUUUUCUACUGAGAGUAAGGACGAUUUAGCAACAUUGUUACAUGGGGACGGGUAUGCGGCCGAAAAGCUAGAUGCUAGCAUGCUCUCUACAGGUUGCCCUUUCAUGCCAGGGGAGAAUAAAGAAUAGGCUUGGAAAUAGGAACUACAAUGCAUAUUAUAUUUUAUGGGGAGUGUCGAGGGACCUGAUGCUACUUGAUGAUAUGCCAUUCUUUACAUUUCAAGGUGAGUGAUAUAAAAGCCUUGAAUCUAAAUUUAUUUAUCUCAACGCUCUGCUUAGUGGUAGAAUAUCCUCUUUCUUUCACAUUACUUAUGCGAUGAUUUUCAAAAGACCAGUUUGGUGGUGGUGGCCCCUCUUUCAUAGGAAUGAUGAACGUAGCUCCCAGCGGGGCUCAGUCAUACGUUUACCAGCCGUCUUGGGUAUUCUUGGUUUGAUCAGAUGACGUAGGUUUUCUACAAAUCACUUGGUGGAUAUCCCCAGUUCCAGACUUUACAAGCUGGGACUUUGCUGAUUCGCCACAGUUGAAGAGAAAGAACUGUAUCUGCCUACCUUGUUAAAUUUACCAAUAGAACUUUAAGCCUAAACUUGGCUUAAGAUGGUUAUCGACAUUUUGCAUACAGCAAUGAUAAGUAGGAAUUAUUUUCAUCUACCAGGCUGGCUAUUGAGAUACAGUUCUAGAAAAAGAUUCCAGAUAGUCCAUUGAGUUAAGUGUAGUCCGAGCACAAAAGGUUGUGGGUGUUUGGAAGAAGCCUUGAUAGGGCUGGAUAUUUUUACCCAAAGACUAGCCGGCAUUUGGAUCUAAAGUAUAAUGGUGUAUUUGAAAUUAGCUGAAGGAAAGUUCGCAUGAACUGACUUAUUGAAGCAUUUAUAUAUGAAACGAUUCUAUGCUUUGCGCCAAGACUCUAGUAGAGUACGAGCGGACUAGCUUCACAUUUGUCAAAGGGGAUGGCAGAAACAUUCCGCGCAACUUGUAGCUUCACUUUAUUCAUUGGAUUUGAUUGAUUUUUAUUCAAGAUAUACUAACGUUUAUAUCAAGGAAGCAUCAGAUCCUAUGUCUCGGCUUCUCGCUCUUAUGUCACUGCAGACUCGCAAUAUGGUGGGAAGUCCGUGCUCUUGUUUUGUCUUUUUGGGACUUUGUAACCGUUGUUUCAUUUACCAAACUUCGUCGAAUUCUCAAGUCGAUUUGUUUUACCCUAUUUAUCCACUUGUGGUUUGUAACGUUGUAGCUACGUUUCUAUAUAACAAUCUAAUUCACUUAAUCGUUCGAAUG